UCAGGCAGGGCCGGGGGAGAGACCCAGCUACAAAUAUUGCUGGAGCAGGGCCCCCAGCCCUGAAUAUUCCUGGAGCCCGGGCACCUCGAGCCCAUAUAACCUGCCGCCUAUGCACACAAUCCUAAAUAUUUAACUUGCAAUAGAAGACUAAAAGCAAGGAAACAAGAUUCCUAGUCUAGACAUGGCCAAAGCAGGUACGCAAAUGAGGAGUAUAUGGCGUAUACUGGAUACAUGUAUGUUUUACUUUAAAUAGGAACUUCCUUGCUUUUAUGGAUAUUAGUUACUGUGUUAAUGUUGUUUCCCUAUGGACUUAGUCAUCUCUAUUGUUAAGGUAAAUUGGGUGUGCAUAGAAAUAUAGACGCUGCCGGUCAGAUCUGUUUUGAUGUAUGAUAUCUAAGUUGUUGUGUUGCUUCCCUCUAUUCCCUGCCCUUAAGAAACAUAUCCUCUAGAAGCCUGCCUGCACCACAGUUUCCAAAUAUAGCUAUUUAUAAUGAGUUGAAUUCCAGUAGCUGGGCAGAAUGAGAACAUGACACUGCAGUUGGACCAGUAGCUCUAUGAAUCCAGCAGAUAGUGUUUAUCCCAUUGCUAAUCCCAAAUCCAACAUUGUCAAGUUUUCAGUUUAGCCCUCUGCAAAGGAGGUUUGAACAUGGAUCUCUAGCACAUAUUCCAGUUAUUUUGCCAUUGCUCCAACAAGUUCAAUCUCAAAGCCCUACACAAUCCAGCUCUUUUCUGGUGCAGUUAUUACCAAAUGUUUAGGUAGACAUUCUAGAUCCUGGUUUUGGUAUGUAACACCAAGAUUUGCAAAUGUUGGUGUGUUUGGGAGAUUAAUCAGUCUGAGGCCUUCAAAUUGUGGACUUUUUUCGUGUAUCAAGAAAGCUCAAACCGGGGAACAACUUCCAUAUUCUGGAGCAACUGCUGUUGUACGGGAAUGCAGGCUUUUGACAACCUCAUUCAUAGAUUGUUUCAUUCAGCAUCUUGGACCUGUAUCUAGUGAAGCAAACAUUGUCGGUGACUAGCCCAUGUCAUAUGAAAACUACUAAUAUGCCAACAAGAAUCAAUACUUGUAUCCAAGGGCAGCUUCUAACAGCAUCAAGUGCUUCAAGAAAGGUAGAAUGCCUCACUCUCCUCAAACAGUGCAACUUGCAGGACAGAAACAAAGCCAACAACAGUAAAAUAAUACAUCCAAGCAUCUGUUUCUGGAAAAUGUGGCAAGUUCUCAUACUCGUCCAUCUCAGCUGCUUGGGAGGCAGCAACCUGCUGACGUCUUCACAGUGGCUUUCCCAGCUUCAUUGUGGCUUUCACAGCACAACCACCUGUCGGAGAGUUUCCAGAACAGCUUCAGAAAAUGGAGUCCCAGACACAAAGUAUUUCCAUCACUACUUCUCCAUAUAGCCAGCUCAUGACAUCUCUUCAACAGCAGGAAAACCAAGUACAUCAACGAAUAGCAGACCUCAGGAAAGAAGGUUUAUGGUCCCUAAGGCGAUUGCCCAAACUUCAAGAGGCUGCAAGACCCAAAUCUCACCAGGAUUUUCUACUGGAAGAAAUGCAAUGGAUGGCAACCGAUUUUGUUCAAGAGAGAAGGUGGAAAACAGCAACUGCUAAGAAGCUGAUCAGAAAUGCGGUGCGCUAUCAUGAAGAUAAGAGACUUCAUAAGGAGAGAAGCAAGAAAGCAGAACAAAAUCGACUGAGGCGCAUUGCUGCUUCUACUGCUAGAGAAAUUGAACAUUUCUGGUCCAGCAUUAAACAGGUGGUAGAAUUAAAACUGCAAGUAGAAGAAGAAAGAAUGAAAAAAACCUCAAAUGUACAAGAAAUUUCAAAAAGAGGUCAAGAUAUGAGAAUUCAGGAUUCAGCAAUAUCUGGGAGAAAAAGAAAAGCAACCACAUUGCUUACUGAUCAUGAAGAGAUAGAUGAAGAGAAUGCUGAAGUGCGAAAUUCUGAAAAAGAAAACAUGGGUCAUCAAAUUGAGUUGACUGAUUUAGCCAAAGAAGAAAUGGAAGACUCUGUAAGUGAGAGAGCGAGCCCACUGAAGGAAGUAGUAUUCAUUGAGUCACUCCUCAGAAUUGAUCAGCAUGAGGGUACAGAGAAAACAAGUGCUGCAAUGAAACACAUGAGAGACAUAGUAGAGGUUGCUGCUGCUGCAGAAGUGCUGUUACCUAAAGAUAGUGCUCAAAUCACAACGGCAGUAAAAGGCGAUAUUCCAUCCCUGUUGUAUGGGACUCUUAGAGAGUAUCAGAAGAUUGGGCUGGACUGGUUAGUGAAGUUAUAUAAGAAGAAUCUCAAUGGUAUUCUGGGAGAUGAGGCAGGACUUGGCAAAACUACGCAAGUCAUUGCCUUUUUCACACACCUGGCUUGUAAUGAAGGUAAUUGGGGUCCUCAUCUUGUUGUUGUACAGAGCCGUAACAUACUAAAGUGGGAGACUGAACUGAAACACUGGUGCCCUGAGUUGAAACUUCUGCGUAUUGGCAGCCAAAGAGAACUUAUAGAAAACAAACAGGAGUUGAUGAAACCCAAUAGCUUUAAUGUAUGUAUCGCCUCAUACAAGCAACUGUUUAAAGGCCACCAAACCUUGAGGAAAAUGCGAUGGAGGUACCUAGUUGUAGAUGACAUGCAGAAAAUUAAAAAUAUGACUGAGAAGCACUGGGAGGCACUCUUCCAUCUCCAGAGCCAGCAUCGUUUGCUCCUGAUAGACACUCCUUUGCCCAAUGCCUUGAGGGAGUUGUGGACCAUGCUGCAUUUUCUAAUUCCAGGAAUUUCCAUACCUUACCUGGAUUUCCUGGUGAAAGCAGCCAAUGAGGACACCCAAGAUUAUUGCCAUAAAGUGGCUACAAGAUUGCACAAAAUAAUUCAACCAUUUAUUUUGCGAAGAACCAAAAGACAUGUUGAAAAACAAUUACCAAAGAAAUAUGAAUAUGUGCUGAAAUGUCAUCUUUCUAAUCGGCAGAAGGCUAUGUAUGAAGAUGUGAUAUUACAACCAAGAAUCCAAGAAACUCUUAAAAAUGGAAACUUUGUCAGUGUCCUUCAUGUUCUGAUGCAGCUCCAGAGGAUCUGUAAUCAUCCUGAUCUGAUAAAACCCAGGCUUUCUGGCUCCUCCUAUGUAUCAGACACACUGGAAUAUACAGCUGCUUCUCUUGUACUAAAGAUACUAGAACGGGAUCUUUGGAAGGAUUCAGACACUUGUCUCUUUGAUCUGAUUGGGAUGGAAAACAAAAUGACUGACUAUGAGGCACAAGUGCUACCAAAACAAAAGGUGACUAGAAAGCUUAUUGAAGAGAUCUACAGCUCCCCUAAUCCUUCACCCAGACCCAACCCAAUGAAGCUCAAACCAAGCAGGUUAUUUCAACCAGUGGAAUAUGGACAGAAACCUGAAGGUAGGAUUGUAGAUUUCCCAACUCCUCCAUCAUGGCGUACAGGGAGUACAGUAACGGUUAUGGCAACACAUCAUGUGAAAAGACAAGGAAGAUUGCCUCUUGCCACAUUUUCAGCAAAUUGUAAUAAGAAAGAUGACAAGAUAGUAAAACUAAGCCAGCCGGCCUCCACAGCGGGAGCACAAGGCAAAAUUAUUCAGCCAAACAUGCCUGUAACACUGCAGUUUAAAGGGAAAACAUUUACUUUAUCUUAUGGCCAACUCUGCCAGCUCACUGGAGGGCGUCUUCGGCAACUUCAAGGAAGUGUUCUUCACAUUGUUUCAGUGCCAGGCUUGCGGAAUUUGCAAUCUCAGUGGCCAGUUGCCUUGUUGCCCUUCUAUCGUGCUGGGGCUGGGACUGUUGAAGAUACUGGCUUCCCAAAGCAUUUAAAGCAUCAAGCAGAUGUGCCAGUGUCUACAAUAGUAACACAGCAAAUUACCAAUUUGGCAGUGGAUGAUCCAGAAACUGAAUCAAAAUCUGUAUCUACCCUAGAAUGUCCAACCCAGACUAUGUUUGAGGAAAGGAGCAGGCACCUAAAAGAGCGCCUGGACAGAAUAUUUUCUGGAAAUGAGCGACGUUGCUCCAGAGUCCCAUUGUAUGGCAGAGACUUGUUGGGAAUUUGUUCUUUGAUUGGUGAAAAAAAGAUUCCUCAGCAGAGUUCUACUAGGGACAACAAAUGGAUGUGGGCUGGUUUUGUGAACUGUUGCCUUUCGUCAAGUGCCUCAGGAGGCCAAAAUGAUCCAUUGCAAGCCCUGAUCCUGACAUCCGAUCAGCGACAGGAAUCCCUAAAGGAUUAUAUUAAUAGCACUCUCUGUGUGCUGCCGGCAGCAGUUGCUGCUCCCGCAUAUUUGCAUGUCGGAAAUCCUCCCCCUUCAUAUAGGCAUGGAAUGAAAAUUUUCAAGCAGAAUCUUAAAGAGCAGGCAGCUCCCUAUUUACAUCACAUACAACAGAUUACAACUCCACGUUUACUACAGUUCCCUGAUCGCCGUCUGGUGCAGUUUGAUUCAGGCAAAUUGGAAGCUCUUGCUGUCUUGCUUCAGAAGUUGAAAUCUAAAGGACACCGUGCGCUGAUUCUAACACAGAUGAUUCUAAUGUUAGAUAUAUUGGAGCUGUUCUUAAAUGUCCGUUUUCUCACCUACAUAAGAAUUGAUGAAAAUGUCAACUGCGAGCAAUAUCUGGAGCUGAUAAAAAGAUUCAACCGAGAUAAGCGAAUCUUCUGUGCCAUUCUUUCCUCCCACAGUCCUUCCAUGGGUGGCAGUCACAUAGAGGCAAACACUGUUGUGUUCUGUGACACUGAUUUAGAUCCACUGAUGCAUGCAAAAUCUCAGGAAUGGUGUGAUACAAUUGGGAGAAACAAAGACAUCCACAUAUACAGGCUUGUAAGUGGUAAUUCAGUAGAAGAGAUGCUGUUGAAAAAUGGCACUAAAUCUUUGAUUAAAGUAGCUGCCACUCAGGGAAAUAACUAUCCUAUGACAUUUUUAACACAGCAAACUGCUCAGGAGUUAUUUGAAGUCCAUUCUUCAUUAGAGGACCUUGAUUUCAGAAUCAGAGCUGGGGAGUUUGUGGUCCUUUCUGAGAAACCUUCUCUGGCAGAAACAAUCUCGUCCAAAGUUGCACGACUUUUUGCAGAGACUCUUAGCGUUGAACAGAGAAAAGAGGAUCUUGGAAAAUAUGCACAAGAGGCAAGAAUUGAGUCAAGAACUGAAGUAACUUCAGAGUUACGCUGUCCAAGAAGUAUUAAGGCUCCGUCACAGUUAAAGGAAUUGGAUGACAUUAUGGAUCUGCUGACUCCAAUUGAAAAGUAUGCUUUGAAUUACUUGGAAUUAUUUCACGACUACAAUGAUCAGGGAAAGCAGAAAGUCAAUGAGGAGUUGAAAACUGCAAACAGAGAGUGGGAAGUCAGUCAUAUCAAGAAGCUAAAGGAAAAGGAAGAUAAAAUGCAGUGGGAAGAGGAGGAAGAGCUCCUAACCUACACUAGGCAAGAUGCAUAUAACAUGGAAUAUGUCUAUGAAGACCCAGAUGGGCAAAUAGAAAGAAUGCCAAUUUGGACUCCCCUUACUCUGCUUCCAGAUCACAAUAACGUCUACAUUGAUUCUGUCACGCGUCUGAUGUAUGAUUCCACACCAAUUUCAGAGUCUAAGCUGCCCCCUUUGUAUGCCAGGAAGGAGAGUAAGCAAUUCAGAAUGGAUCCAUCUGCUGCAGGUAGGAGGAAUAAACAUCGGCAUGGAGAAGUGGCUAUUCCUCAGUCACUUUUUCACCGAGCGACUCCAAGAAUGUUGAAAAUGCAUCGAAAGGGUAGCCAACAGAAGACCAUCCUGCUGAAACAGCAAACAUAUUUUGCAAAACCUUUGCCUGCUGUUGUCAAACCAGCUGCUGAGGCUGGACGGGCAGCAGCUGGACAAGACAAUCCUGAGUGGCUGAUCAGUGAAGACUGGGCACUGCUACAAGCAGUGAAGCAGUUACUGGAGCGUCCUUCAAAUCUUGCCAUUAUGUCACCAGUGCACACACCCAAUUGGGAUCUUGUUAGUGACCUUGUUAACUCAUACAACCAAGUUUAUCGCUCACCAAAACACUGCCAAAAUCGAUAUGAAAAUGUUAUUAUUCCAAGAGAGGAAAGAAAGAACAUCAGUAGUCACCCUGUUUGUACCAGGCAAAUCUAUGCUGAAGAUCAGAAUGCUGCACACACCCAACUUUACAUGAGUCGCUUUGAUUUAAUGAAAAAGAUAGCAAGAAAAAGAAGUCCCUCAGUUAAAUCUCUUAGAAAUAACGGUGACAAGCCAUCCUCCAGGAUUCAGGCUGCAUUCUGCUGUACAGUGUCUAUGUCAAAAGAGCAAAAGGCUUCAGGAGGUACAAGUACAGCUGAGGUGGUACUUGGGCAGCAACAAACAGCUGCAGUACCCACUGCUCCAAGAGAAUUAGUGACUGUAAUAUCUACUCACAGUUCUCAAGCAGGAAUGUCUGUGGCAGCAUCAUCAAUACUAACCACCGGUCUCACAACAUGGCAGACCCAAACGCCAUUAAUGGCUCAGGUUAUGUCAGCCAAGCCAACAGGAGUUCAGCUUUCUACUAAAACAGUCACACCUGUCCAUUUCCAGCUUCCUGGGCAGCAGGACACAGAAGCAGUUGAAGUGCAAGUCCCAAGGAUUCAGUCCCAGCUUCAAGCACAAGGACAGAUCCAGGUCCAAAUACCUCAGGCAGCACAAGUUCCUCAGGAAAAUCUUCCAGUGGUGUCUGUUUUACCACCAAUUGUACCAUUUGCAGGAGUUGAAACGCUCCCUUUUACUGAGAUCUCUGUCACUGAGAUUAGCGUUGCCACUGGGCAUCCACAGAAAGCAGCAGGAGCCCAGACAUUAGAUGUACAUGUCCAUCAGUUUCCAAAACUUGCACAUCAAGUAACUCAGCAACAGAGCCAUUCAUUCCCAGAUUGUUCAAGGCCAAGCGACUGUGUAGAAAAGGUUCAGGCUCAGUCACAGACUGCAGUAGUGUCCCAGUCACCACCUGCUGGUCACCAUGCCUGAAUGAUUUCUGCAGCAAUGGCUACAGCUCAGGUGAUACCCCAGUCAAUAGAGGAACAGGUCCUGACAAUAGUCCCGCUCCAAACACUGACUCCAGGUGUACAGAACUCAGCAGCCUCAACCAAAAUUAGCAAGUAAAAGUACACAUGAGGUUACCUACUUUCAUACUGUGAAAGCAUCUAUGAAACCGUGCUGAACUAAUGAUUACAUUAGAAUAAGCAGAAAAGUACAGUAUAUUGUUUGCUAAACUAUGACAAUAAAAUCUGCAGGUUGUCCACAUUUUAUUUUCCAAAUGAAGACUGAGCUCUUGCAUUUAUGUCUGUAAAAAAGUGAAGUUAUUACUGAAAUCUGAAAAAAGAAAUCUAUUCAACAUUGAAAAUAUAUUAAUUGUAAUGCACAGAUAAAAGGUCUGUUAAAAUGAAAUACUUUCUGCUGACAGAAAAUGACUAUCCUUCUGUACCGAAGCAGUGAAUGACUAAAUUACAGAGACAGAGGUGUAAUCAACAUGUUCAUCAUUGUGCUAGGCUAUUGUCUCCAGAGCAAUAUUGAAUAAUAGCCAGUUAUUCUUUAAACAGAACUACAUUUUACUAGUGGAGCCUUGCACUAAAUGGAAUGCGUAACAAUGAAAACUGCUGACUUUUUUGUUAGAUCUACUAUAACUGAAUAGCUGUCCUGUUAGGUGUAUGGAAACAAAUGCAAACUGUAAAUUUUUAGAUGAAUCUUUAGCACUGUAAAGUAGGAAUUCAGUGAACACUGACCUACUGCCUAAACUGAGUGUAAGUUGAACAAUAAAGUGUCUUUUCUUUUCAUAUUAA